AUGAACCCACUCGAUACUCAGGGUAUCGACUUUGUGGGCGGAGCAAAGGCCCUGGUCCCCCAGGAUCUACGCCCUGCAUCCGUCAAGGAGAUCUGGGCAGAGCCUCUCUUGUCUACGAGAGAGUUCUUCAGGGUACUUGGGACAAUGGCGAUAUUUUUGUCCUUUGGAGUGUUUCUAUAUUACUCGUUUUACAUAGCAUUUAUUGUGACCUCUGUGGAGAGCUUUCAGCGUACAACACGAGCUCCAGCUCGCCCUCGCCUUGCAGGAUCCUAUCGCAGGAUCACUCUUCACAUGCUUCAUACUAUAGGGCUGAAGCAUUUUAUCACGGGGGCUUGGACAUUUCUAUGGACUGCCGUAUUGGCGUUUGUUGGUAGAACUGCUAUGCCAGUGUCAACAGACAAUGCCAUCAUCCAAUCGCUUGGUGGACCGAGUGUCAUCUCUGGCCUCUUGCUGGAGCCCCUCAACAUUCUCUUCACUCACAAGAUCCUCACAGCAUCGUCCUUUAGCCCCUUCGACACGCUCAUUCGACUACUGCCAGCCAUGGAUUUCUAUGUCAACCUUGCGUACAUUGUAGGGAUUCGCAUCGCAUUUCAUAUCCUCCAGACAAGGCUCCUCGUAUCCGACCGCUCGCAGCAUUACGCAAACCCUUUCCUUACCUUUUCGACAUUCAUUGUGCUUUUCCUCUUCCGCAUCGCUAUGGUCACCAACACUCAUGCAAGACUGCUUGCCCCAGAAGUUACGACCACUAUCCAUGUGCAGCGGUUAGGGGGUUUCGAGUGGGGAGGCAACUUUGGCAUCUUGUCCUCCGAAUGA